AUGGUACAAGCAUCAGAAAAGGAAAGUAACAAAUGGUACAAGCAUCGGUACAAGGCAAGUAACAAAUGGUACAAGCAACGGUACAAGGCAAGUAACAAAUGGUACAAGCAACGGUACAAGGCAAGUAACAAAUGGUACAAGCAACGGUACAAGGCAAGUAACAAAUGGUACAAGCUACGGUACAAGGCAAGUAACAAAUGGUACAAGCAACGGUACAAGGCAAGUAACAAAUGGUACAAGCAACGGUACAAGGCAAGUGACAAAUGGUACAAGCAAUGGUACAAGGCAAGUAACAAAUGGUACAAGCAACAAUACAAGGCAAGUGACAAAUGGAACAAGCAAUGGUACAAGGCAAGUAACAAAUGGUACAAGCAACAGUACAAGGCAAGUAACAAAUGGUACAGGCAAUGGUACAAGGUAAGUGACAAAUGGUACAAGCAACAGUACAAGGCAAGUAACAAAUGGUACAAGCAAUGGUACAAGGCAAGUAACAAAUGGUACAAGCAAUGA